GAGGAUCCGAGGACGAAAGAUGGUAUAAUGGCAAUGCAUCUCAUAUGUAAACUUUGGUUUGGAAGAAAAACAGUUGCAGCACUGGUGGGUUUCGUUGUGAAAUAAACCAUGAGGUCUUCAUCUUCUAGGAUCUCAACAUUCUCUUCAAGGGAUUCAUUAUGGAACAGGAUGCCCGAUCAAAUCUCGGUGCCCGAGUUCAUCGCUGAGACGACGGAGGAUUACAACUCGCCCACCACGUCCAGCUUCACCACCAAACUGGUCAACUGCAGGAACACGGUGACCCUACUGGAGGAGGCAUUGGAUUUGGACAAAAAUGCACUACAGAAAGUGAAGAAAUCUGCAAAAGCAAUAAACAUUUCAGUUCAAGAACAUGUGCAAAAUGAAGAGAACUAUGCACAAGCACUGGAUAAAUUUGGUAGUAAUUUUUUAAGCCGUGAUAAUCCAGAUCUUGGAACAGCUUUUGUUAAAUUUUCCACUCUCACCAAGGAACUCUCAACAUUGCUGAAAAAUCUGCUGCACAAUCUUAGCCACAAUGUCAUCUUCACUUUGGAUUCAUUAUUAAAGGGAGACCUAAAAGAUGUCAAAGGGGAUCUGAAGAAACCUUUUGACAAAGCAUGGAAGGAUUAUGAAACAAAGUUUGCUAAAAUUGAAAAAGAGAAAAGAGAGCACGCAAAGCAACAUGGAAUGAUUCGGACUGAAAUCACUGGCGCUGAAAUUGCAGAAGAAAUGGAGAAGGAGCGACGACUCUUUCAGCUUCAGAUGUGUGAGUAUCUCAUUAAAGUAAAUGAGAUCAAGACAAAAAAGGGUGUGGAUUUGCUCCAGAACCUCAUCAAAUAUUACCAUGCUCAAUGCAAUUUUUUUCAGGAUGGCUUAAAAACUGCCGAUAAACUGAAGCAGUACAUUGAAAAAUUGGCUGCUGAUUUGUAUAAUAUAAAGCAAACGCAGGAUGAAGAAAAAAAGCAACUCUGCACACUUCGAGACAUGCUCAAAUCAUCAUUACAACUUGAACAUAAAGAGUCUAGGAGAGAUUCCCAAAGUAAGCAGUCGGGAUACAGUAUGCACCAACUUCAGGGAAACAAAGAGUAUGGCAGUGAAAAGAAAGGAUACCUUAUGAAAAAAAGUGAUGGCAUUAGAAAGGUUUGGCAGAGAAGAAAAUGCAACGUCAAGAAUGGCUAUCUAACUAUAUCACAUGCAACUGUGAAUAGACAACCAGCAAGACUGAAUUUACUAACUUGCCAGGUGAAACCCAGUGGCGAUGAGAAAAAAUGCUUUGAUUUAAUAUCACAUAACCGGACUUAUCAUUUCCAAGCGGAAGAUGAGCAGGACUGCCAAGUGUGGAUAUCUGUGUUAACCAACAGUAAAGAGGAAGCAUUAAACAUGGCAUUCCGAGGAGAACAAACCAGUGGAGAGAACAGCAUCGAGGACCUGACAAAAGCUAUUAUUGAAGAUGUGCAGCGCAUGCCUGGCAAUGAUAUCUGUUGCGACUGUGGAGCCCCAGAUCCAACAUGGCUUUCAACCAAUCUUGGCAUUUUGACGUGUAUAGAAUGUUCCGGGAUACACAGAGAAAUGGGAGUGCAUAUUUCUCGAAUACAAUCUCUAGAACUGGACAAAUUAGGAACCUCUGAACUCUUGCUGGCCAAGAAUUUAGGCAAUACCAGUUUUAAUGAAAUUAUGGAAGGCGAUUUACCAAAUCCGUCACCAAAGCCUAUUCCAAACAGUGACAUGACCGCACGUAAAGAAUACAUUCAUGCAAAAUAUGUAGAACAUAAGUUUGCCAGAAGGACGUGCACGUCUCCUGUAGGGAAAAUGAGUGAGUUGUUGGAAUCUGUGAAAUCCAGGGAUUUAGUUGCACUAAUCCAAGUCUAUGCAGAGGGAUUUGACCUAAUGGAGCCACUGCCAGAACCUGGACAGGAGCCAGGGGAGACGGUGCUUCAUCUAGCAGUGCGAACUGCUGACCGAACUUCACUCCACCUGGUUGACUUUCUUGUGCAAAAUGGUGGCAAUCUGGACAGACAGACUAUAAAGGGAAACACAGCUCUACAUUACUGUUGUAUCUUGGAUAAAACUGAAUGUUUAAAAUUGCUUCUUCGGGGCAAACCAAGUUUAGAUAUAGUAAACCAGAGUGGUGAGACUGCUCUUGAUAUAGUAAAAAGACUAAAACGUGUUCAAUGUGAAGAACUGCUUAAUCAAGCAGCUUUAGGAAAGAUUAAUCCUCAUAUUCAUGUAGAAUACGAGUGGCAGUUACGGCAAGAGGAAAUUGAUGAAAGUGAUGAUGACCUGGAUGAAAAGACCAGCCCUAUAAAGAAAGAGCGUUCUCCAAGGCCACAAAGCUUUUGCCAUUCGUCCAGUCUCUCUCCACAAGAUAAACUCACAAUUCCAGGCUUCGGCAGCGCACGAGACAAACAGAGGCUUUCAUAUGGAGCAUUUAGUAAUCAAAUAUAUGGGAGCAGCACAGAUUCUCCAACAUCACCAGCUGUGGAUGCCCCUCCUCUUCCUCCUAGGAAUCCAAACAAAGCUCCACCUGGCCCAGUCCCUCCUUCAACCCUUCCUGUAGGCUCCCAGAACCCAACUGGCAGCUCCACUCUAUCAAAGAAGAGACCACCACCCCCACCCCCUGGACACAAACGAACCCUAUCUGACCCUCCAAGCCCACUACCUCAUGGUCCCCAGAAUAAAGGACUGAUUCCUUGGGGUACAGAUUCUGGUCCACCACAAUCGAACAGAACAGGGAGUAAAUUUGAGGGAAUAUCUCAACAACCAUGUACUGGGUCUGGAACCACAAAAACUGCCUUAGGCCCACGAGUCCUUCCCAAACUACCUCAAAAAGUGUCCCUGAGAAAAAUUGAUAGCGUCCAUCAUGCUUCAGUGGACAAAUCUGGUUCAGAUACCUUUCAGAAGUCAACACAGGUCGGAGAUUUGCCACAAAAGCUGCAGUCUGUGGACGUGCCCCAGAAGCCGCAUGUUAUAGACUUGCCCCAGAAGCCACACGUUGCAGAUUUACCCCAGAAGCCACAUGUUGGAGAUUUACCCCAGAAGCCACAUGUUGGAGAUUUACCCCAGAAGCCACAUGUUGGAGAUUUACCCCAGAAGCCGCAUGUUGCAGAUUUACCCCAGAAGCCGCACAUUGCAGAUUUGCCCCAGAAGCCGCACAUUGCAGAUUUGCCCCAGAAGCCACACUUUGGAGACUUGCCCCAGAAACCACACCUUGGGGACUUGCCCCCGAAACCACACCUUGGGGAUUUGCCCCAGAAGCCUCAUCUUGGGGAUUUGCCCCAGAAGCCACAGUUAAAGGAACUCCCACCAAAGCCACAACCAGGAGAGAUCCCUCCAAAACCCCAGGUAGGCGAAGUCUUCCAAAAGCCCCAGCCUGCAGAGGUUUCUCAAAAGCCACCGGCUCAAGAGAUUCCUCCAAAACCACAGACAGGAGACACACCACAGAGACAACCGUCCGAGGAAGCAAAUGGUACAUCUCCCAGUCUACCUGAGACCCCUGUGCCCCUUCCUAGGAAGAUAAAUACAGCAAAGACCAAGAUUCGCCGAGUAAAAACUAUCUAUGACUGCCAGGCAGAUAACGAUGACGAGCUUACAUUUGCUGAAGGAGAAGUUAUCGUUGUAACAGGGGAAGAAGAUCAGGAGUGGUGGAUUGGUCACGUUGAGGGGUAUCCUGACAGAAGUGGUGCUUUUCCCGUGUCCUUUGUGCACAUAUUAUCUGAUUAAUGAACCAUGAGAUCCAGCGUCUCACGUUCAAGCUGUGGGGCACUUCAUUUGAUGUUGUAAAAGCGGUUGCAGCCUGCUUAUUCCUGUGCAUAUUUUGUAUAUAGCUGAUGUUCAAAAGGUCAUUUAAGGUUCACCUUGUGAGGUGAUUAUGUACUGUAUAUACUAUGUUAUUCUGCCUUUUCCAGUAUUAUAAUAGCCUUGGAACCUGGCGCGCCUUAUUCGUUGUACUGCAGCCAUCCAUGGCAUCUAGCACUUACUAAUACUGUCAAUGGGAUAUAUCUCCUGCCUGCUUGUCUGAUUAUAGACAGACACAUUUAGGAUUUUAACUGUUUAAAGCUUGACUUUUAUUGAUAUCAUCUCAGUAUUCAGAUUACAAUUACAAAAAUAAUGGUUUUGGUGAGGAUAUGUUCAGCUUUCAGUUUGCACUGGCCCCCUUGCUCCUUAUGCUUUUAACAUGGAUGCUGUGCAUACUGUUCUUAAUGUACCUGUGGGAUUAUAUGUGGUUUUAAUUGUAUGCAGUGGUCAGGCAAAUUUAUCUAUAGAGAGAAUGACUGGAAAUGUUAUUGAAAGUUUUUACCUCGUUCCGAGGAGACUUGCUAAAAUUCCGCACAUUGGUUGGUGUUAGUCGUUAUAGCAGAUAAACAUUUUGACACAAUUCAGAGUUGCUCUGAUGGUUCUGUUGAGAAUUCAGUGAAAAUUAGAGAUAGGUCUGCAGUUUUUUUAAAAGUCUGGUGUUAAGAUUUAAGAGCUAUGAUUGGGUUACCUUUUCAAGAGUUAGGUUGUUGAGGAUGAGAAAUUAAAUUAAUCAUCUGUUCACUUUUUGAAGCAUUGACCUAAACAAAGAUGCUGAGUGGGCCAAGCACCUUUAUGUUCAUUAAUGCAAUUUCUCAGUGUAAACUAAAGUAUGCCAGUACAGUUUGGAUGUUUCUGAAGAAAGUAACUAUUUAAAAACUAGCGUAUUAAGGUUCACAGGACAUUGGCAACACACGAGUCCAUUUGAGACUGACAGAAUAAAAGGUGCUGUCCAAUGCAGCAGAGGUGGUUGUGCUAAUAGAGUUGACACUUUUUUUUAUGGUAGGACUACCUGGGCAGGUUUCAAAAUUGGCAGUUAGCUAUAUUAACCCUAAUCAAGCAAUAGCAAUGCAGACGCAAGAUGCACAUUACAGACACGCACAGGCGCACGCACAGGCACACAUGCAUAGGCUCACACACGCGCGUAGAUAUACACACAUACAUAUAAAUGUAAUUAUUUUCUUAUGAAAGGUGUGCAGUUAUCAGUUUUAAAGUAUACUUCAUUGUAAAUAUGUUUACAGACCUUUUGAAACAGUACAUUAUCAAUGCAUGUGAAACUAUUGUGUAAGCUAAAGAUGCAACAACAUUGUUCUGAAAUCCAUUUUAAAUCUUCCCUCUUUCUCCAUUUGUCACCUAAAGUCAACUACCAUUAUACUGUAAUAUGCUAUGUGACAAUAGAGGUAAGGCGUGGAGAGUUGGUGAUCCACUAGGUUAUUGAGAAAGAAUGUACAAAAUUAUUUGUAUUGUGGAUAAUUGGCAAUGAAUAGUUGCUCAACUUUAAAUCUUUUUUUAAAAUUGUCUUGUGGUUGUUACAUUGUAUAGAUGAAAGAAAUUGCAUUAUUUGCACAAAUCUUGAACUGGUUAGGGAACAAAGUGACACCAUGGAUCUUAGUUUGCUUAAGGCUUUGAUAACUGUACACUUUUACAAUCAUUAUUGAUAUUGCAUUAUUUCAACUUAUUUUAGGGACCAAAAAAAUAAAUACAGUUUUUACAUUUCAUACUUGAGGGGUAGGCCUUGGUGUGCGAUCCUUAAAAUAUUCAGUAAACUGAGUUACGUUCAUCUCCAAUGACAGUAACUGAUUAUAGAAUUCUCUGAACAAUGUAAUUUAAUUGUUAAUAAAGGUACAUAUUCCUAUUAGUAGAUUUAGAUGAAAACAAGUCAAAACGUGUAAUCACCUGUGUUGAGUCGAGACUUCUGGCCUGGUGCUGUGGUGGUCUUGCAGUUUAUUGACUUGUUUAUGUAACUAACCUGUUGCCAGUACAGAUCCUCUUGUCUUCAUUGCAAAUAUAAAUUUCCAAAGCCACGGAAUAUAGCUGGCUCUCAAACUGUUUUAAAGCAAUUUGAAUCCUUCGAUUAUUGUUGUCUUGCUCGAAGGGGAAACAUGCACAAGUUACUGAUCAUAGGCUUUAUGACUCCUCCCAGUGCAUAAAUUCACAAAUUGAGUUCCUGCAUAUAACGAGCAGAGAAUUAACCAAACUACACCAAGUGAUCAUGAACAGCUGAAGAUUUGCAUUAAAUUGAGCAUUUUCAGAAGUUUGAAUUCUGAUUGGAUGUACAUUCCGCUUAAAGCCACAAUUUUAUGCUGUAAUUUCAGAUGAUUUGCUUUAUAUUUUGAAGUAAUUGUUAUAAAUGCAUAAAUUAUAACCGCAAGCCAAAUGAUAAACAGCUAUUGUGGGUUUGGCAUUUCCCUUUAGUUCUUUUAAUAAUGUAAUCCAUUUUAUCCUGUAUUAUGUGUUCCUUAAAACUGUGUAUCGGGUGGUACUGACAGCCAACUGGACAUGAAAUUGUGUGAUUUGACUGCAGUUUACCAUAUCUCAUGUAUUUCCAGUUUGAUUUUUUUUAAUUCUGUAAAACAUUUUGUUAUGGGAAGAUAUUUAAAAAGAACAAAACUGUUGUGUUCUGAUAUUGUUACAUUGCAACAUAAAAUCCUGUGACAUGUCCUAAAAGCUGAAUGUAGUUAUUUUUUUCAUUCCUGUCUUUCUCUUUCCCGCCCACCCCCCAUAAAACAAAACAUAUGAAUGCAAA